UUUCGUCUUUUCCCUCCUCUCCGAACGGCUCUCCGCCCUCUGCAAGUCAUCUGUGUCAUGAACCUGCUUUCGGCUUGUUGCUAAGGACACUAAAAUAGCCAGGAGUGGACUCCGACGUUGUUUUGUUGCUAAGGUCCUAGUAGUCAUGGCACAAGGGUCCAGAGACCAUAUUGGUGUGGGCACUGCUAAUCCGGACGAUGACUCGCCUAACAUGAUCGUCUACAAAAAGAUCGAGGAUGUCGUUUCACGGCUGCAGGAUGAGAAGGCGGGGGGCGUACCCAUCCGCACCGUCAAGAGCUUCCUGUCCAAGAUCCCCAGCGUGGUGGCCGGCUCUGAUAUUGUCCAGUGGCUGAUGAAAAACCUCUCUAUUGAAGAAACAGUGGAGGCCGUCCAUCUUGGUAGCCUCAUCGCUGCCCAUGGCUACUUCUUUCCCAUCUCGGAUCACGUGCUCACACUGAAGGAUGAUGGGACAUUUUACCGCUUCCAGUCUCCGUACUUCUGGCCCUCUAACUGCUGGGAGCCUGAGAACACAGACUAUGCCAUUUACCUGUGCAAGCGCACCAUGCAGAACAAGGCCAGGCUGGAGCUGGCUGACUAUGAGGCCGAGAAUCUGGCUCGGCUGCAGAGGGCAUUUGCCAGGAAGUGGGAGUUUAUCUUCAUGCAGGCUGAGGCGCAGGUUAAGAUCGACAGGAAAAAGGACAAGGUGGAGCGCAAGAUAUUGGACAGCCAGGAAAGAGCAUUCUGGGACGUCCAUCGACCUGUGCCAGGUUGUGUGAACACCACAGAGAUGGAUAUUCGCAAGUGCAGGCGUGAAAGAAACCCCCAGAGAGUUAAAAAGUCUGUGUACGGUGUAACGGAGGACAAUCAAUCACAGAGCUCAGCACAGCCUCCCUCUCAACCCUGCAGGACCUCCACCAAAGAGGAGGUGAAGAAGGAGAUAUCGUUCUUAAACACACAGCUGGACAGACACUGCAUGAAAAUGUCCAAAGUGGCCGACAGUCUGUUGGGCUACACGGAGCAGUUCCUGGAGUAUGACCCCUUUAUGACCCCGCUGGAGCCCUCCAACCCCUGGGUCAGCGACGACACCACCUUCUGGGACCUGGAGACCAGCAGAGACCCCAAUCAGCAUCGCGUGAAGAAGUGGAGCUUCUCCCUGGAGGAAGCCCUUAAAGACCCGGCUGGACGAGAACAGUUCCUGAAGUUCCUCGAGUCCGAGUUCAGCUCUGAGAACCUCCGGUUCUGGCUGGCGGUGCAGGACCUGAAGCGGCGUCCGCAGCAGGACGUGUCGGCCCGAGCGCAGGACAUCUGGCAGGAGUUCCUGGCCGAGGGGGCGCCCAGCUCCAUCAACCUGGACUCACACAGCUACGAGCGCACCAGCCACAACAUCAAAGACCCCGGACGAUACAGCUUCGAGGAUGCCCAGGAGCACAUAUUCCAGCUGAUGAAGAGUGACAGCUACUCUCGGUUCCUGCGGUCCAGCACGUACCAGGACCUCCUGCUGGCCCGGAAGAAGGGCAAGUCGUUGACGGGGAAGCGCCUGACAGGUCUGAUGCAGUCAUCCUGACAAAGCCUGGACCACUGGAGCAGUGCACAAGCACACUGACAACACACACACACACACAAACACACACACACUCACAUAUACACAGACUGACAACACACUAGGAGAGUAGGAGUUGCAGCUGUAAGGGACAUGAAUCAUGAUGAAGGCCUGGCAAGGUGCAGGAGAGACAGACUCAUAAUAAGGGCUGGACUACAGAGAGAGAGAGAGAGAGAGAGAGAGUCAGAGAGAGAGAGAGAAAGAGAGGGUGAGAGUGAAUCAUCUGCAAUGCUGAAUGGAUGACAGGACUUGGAGAGAGAAAGACCCAUUAUCACCCAGAGGGAGAGGGAGGGUGGGAACGAAAGACUGGAAAAGAGAGAUGCAUGUAGAUCCAAGCCAGUGACACUCAGGAUGACAUGGUGGUGAAUGUCUGGAUGAGUGAAGUGUGUGUGUGUGUGUGUGUGUGAGUGUGUAGAGAGAGAGGGAGGGAGAGAAGUGGGAAGGGCAUGAUGGAAGGACACUACCACAGUCCGUUCAUGAAUGAAACACACACUCCACAUCCCAGAACUCACACUGUCCUCUCUGGAAGUGUGUCUGUGCGCGCGCCUGUGUGAGUGUGUGUUAUGAGAAUGAGUACUCUCUCUCUCACACGGUCUGCCUUUCACACAGACACUCAGAUGCAUUAAGAGAAGUAGAGGCCGUACCAUUAGAUGCACCUGGCUCAGAUAUUUGAAGCUGAAGUCUCCAACAUGCAUUUGGAACAAGUGAGCCAAUGAAUGGA